AUGAGUGCUUCCGCAGACAACGAGGGCGCUGAAAGGGUCUGCGCCCAGUCCCAGGAGGGAGAUAACGAGCAGGCCGCAAGUUCUUAUCCAGGAUCUCGCGAGCACGACUGCUGUGGUAACGACCAGGCAGCCAAGGGCGUCUUGGCUUCUCAUGCGAAAACGCCCACUCCUGGCGUUUUCGACGCCACGCGGCGAGAAAGGGGGGAAGGAGACGAGAUGCCGGCUCUGCCCCUCUCGCUUCCCCAGCGGACUGCGUCGCUUGCGCGGGCCGCCGGCGAGCCUCUCGUCGCGGAGGAGGCUUCUCCCUCUCAGCACUCCUCGGGCGAUUUAGCGAGAGAAAUGAGGUUGGAAGACCUUGAGGCGUCGGAAAACUGCGCGAGAGGUGUCGUAGGUGAAGGGACAGGUUGCCUGGCGGCGUGGGCUCAGCAAGGGACCGCGUCAGAAUCGCCUUUUCCGGGGUUCAGCAAUGCCGCAGCCGUCGUGGCAGACGGAGGCGGAAGAGCGUGUGCGCCGGCUGAGGGAAGGAAUGAGCCCGGAAGCGACGGCCGAAAAGAAGGAUGCGGCCUCUCGCUGUUCAUUCGGCCCACAGGGGAGAAAUGGGAACUCAGCGCUGGUCGGAUGGAAGACGCCUGCCGCGAGAAGCCCUCGUGCUGCGAGCAUGAGGCGUCUUGCUGGCGAGCACCCACAUCUGCCCCCCGUCGACAACCGCCUUCCUCUUCUCUUCACUUUCCUCACUUACAGAUUCAAGUUGAGAACGGGAACGCUUGUCAGCCUCUGGCGACGGUGGACGAGAGCUUGAAGGGGGAGGGAGUGCGCCUGGACCAUGGCUUCCGGACGUUGCUCGAGGAGGGCGGAGAAGGUUCCGAUGAUGAAAUCGUCGAAUCGUCCGCGAUGAAACGAGGAAAUUCCUGGCCGUACUUUUGGGUGCGGCGUCACCUCCUUCUUGAACGCCGGUCGCUGAUGUACUUCUCCGUUCCGCUGUCCCCGUGUGCACCGCCACGCGGUUUUCUGCCGCUCCACGCUCGCACGCGUGUCUUGGUUCUUCCGGAACGCGCCUCGCUGUACGGUCGCACAGAUGCCUAUCUUCUCGCGGUGUUCAAUCUCCCUCCCACUGCGGCUCUUCUGCCGGCCGCCGCCUCGAAGGCCUCGCUCCUCUCUUCCCUUGCGGCCUUUCUCCCCACACUGGCCGCACCCUCUGUGAGCCCCGUGUCUCCGCCCUCCGGGGCGCCCCCCUUCCUUCCGUGUUCUUCUUUCGCCUCGCUUCCGCCCCGGUGGCGGCGGACCCGGGGGCACCGCACGAAGCAUCCCGAGUCCCCUUCUUUCCACCGCCUUUCCACGUCGUCUGAUGCGCGCAGUCCUUCCGUGGCUGCUCUGCCAUGGUCUCCCAUCAAUCCGAUCCUUGCAAUCAAGGUGCCGACGCUCAGUGCGUCUUCGCAACCUCCGCUGCUGGCGUCUGCCUCAGACACUUGUGCAUCGAGCGAGAGCAACCUCGACGUCUCUGGGGGAUCGUCAGAGAGACGGCCGAGCGCGUUCGCGUUGCCUCCUCCGGUGGUGAUCUGCUCCCCUGCGUCCUUCUCAGCAGCCUUCGACAGCGCCUCGCAGCCCAAGUUUCUCUUCGAUUUCGGGGACCCGGUGGCCUACUGCCGCUUCUGUCGCGCCCUCGCGUUGGCAAUUCGACGCGUUCAGAGACAGGCCGACGCGAAGAAGGCCCUCAAACUCUCUCAGCGCCUCGCGCAUGCUGUCGGGGCUCCUCCCCGCAGCUGGGAGAAAGGCACGCUCGGACACUCGAAUGUACACGGCAAGAACACGGCUGCCUGCUCUUCCUGCGCGCACGCGUCAGAAAGGACAAAUGACGAGACCUUCCCGUCGCGACUCGAGGCUGCAGGCUUUCCUUCUUCCGCGCAGUUGGGGGUGCCGGAAACCCUCCCAAAGGAGCCGUUCUCUGUAGCUUCGAUCUUGGCCAAGCGGGGCCCAGAGAACGCGACAGACCGGCACGACCGGCUGGCGCGUUUCCCGGUGCCCCCAGGGAUCUGCGGCUCCCCUGUCUUCUGUCCUUCGAGCUCCGCUUCGCGGGACUCAGAGAGUCCAGGGGUGGGGUCAACUAGCAGACUCGGCCUCGGAGAGGUUCAGUCCUCUCCCGGCUUCUCUGCGAUUUCUGAGAGUCCAGUGUGGAGCCGAGAGGACGCCCCGCAACCUGCUGCAUGUCGAAAGCGUUUCUUGCAGCCUGUCAGCUGUCCGACGGAUCUGGAGAGCAGCCCAUGUCUCCCACUUUUUUCGCGUGCGGACGCUGUCCCCCUUGGCAGCUCACCAACGCGUCCCUGUCGUUGUCGGGAGUGUCUUGACAUGGGUUCGAGAACGGUGUGUCCGCCUUUUCAUUCGAGCGGCUUCUUCCCGGGGACGCUGGGGCCUGCUCUCGGGGGGUCGCGCUCGCUGUCAAACGCGGGAGAAGUUCUCUCCCGUCUGAACGCGGGGCACGUCAACCCUGUGGAGUCGUCGCGCAAUCCGGUACGGAAUGGAGAGUUUUUUCCCGAGAACGCAAGUGCUCCGACGCGGGGUUAUGCGGAGCCUGGCCAGCUCGAGCCCCGACCGGACAUCGUUGAGGCUUUGUCUUCUCUCCUCGAAUGUUUAAAGAACAAGCGCCGGGAGCAGAGGGACAUGGAGCAAAGGGCGAGGCAAGAAGGGAGACACCAUGGCUGUUUUGAAGUACACAGCGGGGCGGCAGGCGCGUUCUGUGCAGCUCACCAAAAUCGAUCCGAUGGCCCAGGCCAGGUCAACAGGAAUACGCACCACUUUUUCCCAGCAGAAGGCCACCCUGCGCCCAUUUGUCCUUCGCGUGAACCCCCGUGUUAUGACGUUCCAACCAGAGAUGUGUUUGUGGACUCUGUUGGCCCUUCAAGCUUGCACUUGGCUUCCCAUGGAGCCGCACAGCCAGAUGGUGGAGCGCGCGCGCCAGCAGCCGAAGGCGAUUGCCGCCGUUGCAAGAGUGAGGGACUGGAACGCGAAAGGGCGGAAACACCACGCGCCGGUUUGGAUCAGAGGUCUCGAACGGAAUCCAGAGAGACGAUCCGGUCGCUCAACCGCACCAUGAACAAACUGCUGCAUGCAUUGGAGGAGUUCUCGCCUCAAAGUCCUCAGUGGCUUGGAGUGAAAGCAAAACGAGACCUCGCUCAACAGCCAGAUUGCGCUUUCCCCACGAACAACACUACGACCGCGUCACCGGUCCGAGAGAGCAAAGGCCACCGCGCGUUUGGUGGUGGUGCGUGUCCGACUGAUCCCUGGUUCGCGUCUCUAAGGGGAAGCGAGUAUGGGGACUCUUUGAACAUCGCGACCGAGACUGCUUCGGAUUUCGGUUCUUCUCGGCCCAGCACGUCUCGACGGCGUGACGUGUGGCGGCUGCCUUUCUUCGGAAAAGACAAAAAGGAGGCACGCCGCGGCGAAGAGCAGUGUCGAGGUCUCCACACGGUGUCGGCCACCUCGGAGCGGUAUCUCGGGGUGGACGAGAGCACGCGCGCAUUCUCCGCUAAUAAGGAGUUUUCCGAAGCCGGCGGGAGCGCCGCGGGCGGAUCUGUAGCGGAGAAGGACCUCCUGCUCGUGCAGCAGCAGGAUCAACUUGAGCGACUUCGAUCGGUGGUCGAAUUUCUUCUGCGACAGCAAGAGCUUCAGCUCGUGGAAGGGCGGCCGAAAGACGAGGCUGCCCUACGUGAGGAGUGGGAAGAACAACAGAGACUGUGGGAAGUGGAGCGGCGACUGCGAUUCCGUCCAGCCUCUGGGCACUCGGAAGUGGGGCUCCAAAAUGUCGCGAUCGACGCACACGGCUCACAAAACGAACAACUGCCCGCGACAGAUGCGUUGGAGUGUCCUGUGGUUGCCGCCGCGAAACAGACAGAGACAGCUCGGCCAGAAAACGGCAUCGGCGCGCCGGGACGAUGGGCGCUGCCCCGUGCAGCAGCGAGUGACCACGGCACUUGCGAGUGUGAGCAGGGGGAAGGAGACGAAGACACCGAGAGCUGUCUUGUCGGUUCGUCUCUGGCGACAAGAUUCCCUCCUCACUCUCCGCUUUCUGGUAGUGUCCACGGGACAAGUCGCCAAGAGGGUGGGGGGGUUGCGGAGAACGGACAUAAGGAGAGGUCCCCGCCUUUGUUUGAGGGUGAGACGAUGGUAGGCUCGUGCGUGAGUCCGCUGGUGCGGGCUUCACAAAUGACUGAGAACGAGGACUUCUUUUCGACACAGAGGAUUUUGUUGCACGGGAUGUGUCAACCUGAUGCUCUCCUUUCUCCAGAGAAAAAGGCCGAGCAGCCGCUUUUCUUCAGCAUCUCCACACCGCGAUUCCGUCUUGACACGUGCGAUGACGACGAUGACAAUCUGCCAAAGACGACAGAUGGCGGCGGUCUAGUGCAGCAGAACUGGGGCGGACGGGAAGGAAACACCCAGGACAGGAUGUGCUGUACAGGAGCUCCAUACGGACAAGGCCCCAGUUUCCCAACGAGUGCAGUCAAGAGACAGGAUUGCAAACUUGGAUUAGCUGCAAGCCCAGUUACCCGUCGAGAGAUGAGCAGUGGCCACGCAAGUGAGACGAUGGCAAAUGUGGAAGAGACAGUUCAGCUGCAUGGCAGUUGGUCUCAGCACGAAGAAGAAAAAGACAAGCACGCAAAGGACGCCUUUGUGGGUGAGACGUGUCUGGAGAGAGCGGCAAGACGGCUUCGGGAGGUGGGCGAAACAGGGUGUGACGCUGGCACGAGAAGAGGGCGGACGGAUGCCCAGGUGCCAGCAGGAGAUGAUAUCAAACAAGCACACAUCGAGUUUUCAGUUCCCUCAGCUGCAGCUACGCACGCCUGGGAGCGUUUGCGCGUGUCUGUACAGCAAGAAGAAAGUCGGGAAGGUGUGCUGACGACCAGCGAUGCAGGUAGCGGUGUCUCACCGACGUCAGCGGGAGAGAGGGAGGGAGAGGUUGAGGUUUGGAGAAGUUUCCCGGUGGAGCAGGACGUUGAAAGGGUGUAA